CUCGCCCAUGGAUUGGUGGAUAUUGCACCAAUGAGCAACGACACUCGGCGCUUGCCCAAGCUUUGGGCGUCCGCUGCUUUGCUCGAUGUCGUCGGACAACAACCACUUGCGGGUCCAGUAUGAAGCUCUGCUCAAGGAGAACAAGCAGCUCAAGGGCGUCGUGGAGAAGCUCGAGAAGGAGAACCAUGACCUCAAGCGCUCGGUCUACGAAUUGAGUCUCAAAUUGGACAGCACGGGAAAACCAGUGUCCCAUCCAGGCGGCAGUGGAACCAGCAACAUUGGAUCAUCGUCAUCGUCUGCGGAAACGGGCCCGUCGGUGUUCAAUGCUAACGACUUGUUGGCGAAGAACUCGGCGACCGAGACGACCCCGAGUUACUUGGAAUCGUUGACCCCCAACAUGGACGACGACGACCAACAAGCCAGCAACCCGCGCAUCUUCUUCCAAAAGUCCGAGCUGCGUGGCCACGGCGGGGCGGUGUACACGACCAAGUUCUCGCCAUGCGGUCGGCUGCUGGCGUCGGGGUCGUUGGAUUGCAAAGUGCUGCUGUGGGACGUCACGACCAAGUUCAAUCAGCAGCAGCUGGCUUCGCUGGGGCAGCACAGCCAGCUGGUCAUCGAUGUCAGCUGGUCGAAUGACAGUCGGUCGCUGCUCUCGGCCUCGUACGACCACACCGUCAAGCUGUGGGACGUCGAAAAGGCCAGUUUAACUGGCAGUGUGGGCGUAAAUGGGCUCGUGCAAACCGUGUCGUUCAAUCCCGCAGACAACGACAUGUACUUCAUUGGCACGAGUCAGCGCAACGUGCAUGUGCUGGACGUGCGGGCAGGCGUGACCCACACGUGGGCGAACGACGCCAUGGUCAACUCGCUGCACGUGUGUUCGGACGGCCACACGCUGCUCACUGGCGACAGCAAGGGCUACGUCAAGACAUGGGAUAUUCGACGCAACGGGUGUGUGGACGACAUGUCCCACUUGAAUGACGAAGGCCACCACGCCAUCAGCCAUGUCCACGCGUCGCCCGCGGGGCGGCAGGGCGACGAAGAUGGGCGGUACUUGGCCGUCAACAGCUACGACAACAUCUUGCGCGUCUACGAUCGAGGGUCCAAGCUCAUCAGUCAUGCGCAAGACCCGAUGCAGUUGGGGUACUUUGUCACGGGCCACAAGAACAAGAAUUGGCCCAUCAAGAGCUCUUUCUUUCGAGGCGAAGGGUACAACUACAAGCUGUCGCUGCCGUCGACGCGGUAUCCGCAUCGCAAACUCACAGACGGCGACGCCGACGAAGGCAGUUAUGCCGAUCGGUACCGACUCAGCAGGUUCAAGGUGACGUGUUAACGUGGAUAUCGUAGGGACGUAGCGUCGCAGGAAGUGAUGCUCCUCGCCACGGGCAGCUCGGACAACCGCAUCUAUGUGCACGACGUGAGUUGUCGCCGGUCGGCCAAUUCCGUGAACGCGAGUCUGCUGCAACGGAUCGAUGCACACACCGACCGCAUCUACUGCGUGGACUUCCAUCCGUCCGAGCCCAUCCUCGCGUCCGCCUCGGCCGACUUCUCCGUCAAGAUCUGGAUUCCUCGGUCCUCUCGUCUCGCCAAACCUUCGUAAUGAUGACGCGUCAAUCUUUACAUAUAUUCCAUAGAACUCAC